UUGUAUUGUGGAUAUGGCCCUUAAUUCAGUCAUGUUCUCAGUUAAUUCAAAACAUAGCAAUUCCGUUGUUGAUGUUUUUUCCCGAUAAAUGAUAGAACAGUACUGAUGCAGUGAAAUGUAAAGGAACAAUUUAAAUUUGAAAAUGACGUAAUUUGUGGCCUGUCUGUCAAAAUAACAUUAAAUUAUCAGCACAGUCUUAUUUCAAAAUGAAAAUUCAAUUUUCUUUAAUUUUUGGUCAAAUUUGACGACCCUUCUCGAAGGCGUAAUUCUGUAGCUAGUAGUAACCCCCGUGUUGUCAAAAACAGCAACAACAACGACAACAAGCCAACCGUACGUACGAACGAAGAUGGCUGACAAUGAAACACAACAAACGAAGCUGCAAGAGUAUACUCUUCGCAACAAAAAUGGCAUCUCUGUCGGUUUAUUGAAUUAUGGGGCAACGUUACGUUCUAUUGUAGUUCCUGACAGAUAUGGUAUAUUUGAUGAUAUUUUAUUGGGAUUCAAAGAUAUUAUUGAUUACAUAAAAAACCCUCCAUAUUUUGGUGGCACUAUUGGAAGGGUGGCUAAUCGUAUUGCCUUUGGAAAAUUUUCAAUCGAUGGCCAAGAUUUUGAGUUACCUUGCAAUGAAAAUGGCAUUAAUCACCACCAUGGUGGUUUCAAAGGAUUUGAUAAGGUAUUUUGGGAUUCGUCGGAAAUGGAAGACGACAAUUCUAUCAGCUUUUAUUUGAAAAGUUUAGAUGGUGAUCAAGGAUAUCCUGGAGAGCUAGAUGCAUCUGUGCACUACCUUUUAACAGAUGAAGAUGAACUUAAGGUUGCAUUCAAGGCCACUGUGAAAGAUAAAGCAACUAUCGUUAACCUUACAAGUCAUCCAUACUUCAAUCUUGCAGGGGUACAGACGAAAUGCAAUGAAAUGACUGAUCACUUGCUGGAGAUCAAUGCAAAUUCUUACCUACCUGUUGACAAAAAUCUUGUACCCACAGGUGAGAGAUGCAGUGUCAGUGAAGACGGGGGUACGUUUGACUUUCAGCAGCCUAAAUUGAUUGGUGAUGCUCUCAGCAAAGUCCCUGGCGGAAAUUACGAUCAUACUUUUUGUAAAAGCCGAAACGGCGCUUUUGCUGCAAGUUUGUACCAUCCUGGGUCUGGUCGUUUCUUAGAAGUGUUCUCAAGUCAGCCGGGCACCCACAUUUACACACCAGAUUUUACCUGUGGAUCGCUGAUUGGUAAACACGGCAGUCCUUAUAAAGGGAGAAGUGGAUUGGCAAUUGAAAAUCAAAAUUUUCCAAAUGCAGUCAAUUUGCACUUUCCACCUACUCCGAUUUUGCGUCCGGGCGACCUCUACGAACAGCUUACCACUUAUAGGUUCUCCAAGAAAUGAUUUUCUGCAGUUUAGAUAGCUUCCAUUAUCGAAAUCUGUUUUUCAAGAAUAAAGUAUUAACUAUUGUCAUUUUUCAAUUUAACUUCAGUUUUCUUAACACAGUGCUUUUACGCAAAUACUAACAUCAGCACGAAGGGGGUUAUUGAUCAAAUUAUUCUGAAUUUUCCUCGUUUUAUUCGAUUAGUUGGUUAGCAAUACCGAACUGAAGCCAAUGAACAGUCCCCUGCGUACUUAAAUGUUAUGAGUGUAGCUUUCGGAAUCAUAGAUGGUUAAUACUUCAUCAUCUGAGAGUGUCAGCAACUUUAGUAUCUUUUUUUGAUGAGUCGUAAUGGCAGAGCAUUUCUUUUUGUCAUUGAAUGAUUGACAUGUCACGUGAUUACUAAACUAUGUAACUGGUCCCUAUAAACCUCACCCCCUCCUUACAUGUAGAUCACUGCUUGUAUCAUCUGCGGGAAAGAUAUCUGUUUAAGAUGGGAAAUUUGGCUUUUUACUUGUUGAUUUUUCAUAUUUUUUAUAAUUUUCAUAUCUUUAUACUGCGCUGUGUGCCUCUUUAUAAGAACUUUUGUAUUUUUCAAAGUGUAAAACGUGACCAUAGUUUUGCAUUGAGCAUUCUCUGUAAAAAGUUAGCCCGUGAAAAAAAAGAUGUAAAAUUAAAAAGAAAACUCCAAAAGUAGUUACUACACAGUUGCAUUUAGACUUAAUGCAAGUAUUUACCAUUUAGUGCAAUACAAAAAUUGUUCUAACGCUAAUUGUAAUUAGAAACGUGAUUAAUUAAAAUGGAGUAAUUAGCUGAGUUUCAGAUAUUUUUAUUGCAUAAUUGGAGCAUAUAAACACAAAAUAUUUUUAUUUUAUAACUUUCUCAAAGGACGAUUUCUCCUUGGAGGGACCUGUCUUCUUUUUCGAAGGUAAUCGUGAGACAACUUUGCACAGUAACUACCAAUUGUAUGCGAGAUAGCCCAAUACAGUGUUUUGUUUAUAGAGCCGUUAUAUGUUUUUUACAAAACUGGUUGCUAAUGGAUCUCUUUUUUGCCGUGACAUCUUCACAAUUGCCGAUUCAGUUGAAGUUACGAAAAUUUUUCUUUAUUUCAUUUGCUUGGGCCUCAUUUACACACCCAGCCCACUUCGAUCUCCCUCCAAUUUCUAUGCAACUUCAGUUCUAUUCAUGAUAAUAUUUCGUACAUAGCUUCUUGCAACUUUUAUCAUACAAGGUGUUUCCUCUACUCCUAUUCAUCAAAAUAAAUUUUGUCUAUUCAAUUUUCAACAAUCUUUGAAUAUUGGCCUUAGUUAAAGGACUGUUUGUGCUAAGUUUUACACUAAGGUGCUUGAUUUAUUUAUGCAUAUAUUGUCAGAUUAGCCACUUAUAAUUAUGUAAGAACAUGACCAGUGAUUCGUCUUUCGUGCAUCAAAUUCAACUACUCCAUGGUUCAAUUGAAAUCAGGGAACGUACAUCAUUUGUAUCUGAUGUUCUUUGGUGUCCAUGACUCGAUAAGAGGAUGUUUUGACUGUGAUUUUCACCAGCUUGCCAACAAGAGAAGGUGCAUUAAACGGCAGGGUAUGUGUAAGGCUUAUGGUAGUGUUGGCCCCUUUGGCCAGCUCAAAGUUUGACGUACUUGCACUGACAAAGCCAAAAUUUGUCGAUACGGUGAGACUGUACUUUGUUUUAUCUCCGUUGCUGAAGAAGUAGACCUUGAUUGGGGCUGUUCUGUUUCUGACUGUGGCCGUGUAAUCGUUUCCAGCUCUUAUUGUAACCAUGACAAUAUUUGAUGCAAGGAAAGAAAGUUGCGACAUCCUUGUGAAGUUUUGGCCAUUAGACAAUUUUCCUUUCAAUUUUAUUUUGAACUUCCCAUUGGGUGUUUUGAUAACGCUUUUAAGAAUUCCUUCGCCGCCACCAGAUUUCAAGAUGUUAACAUCUUCUUGUAGCACCCUUCCACCUUCACUUAAUAUGUCUAUGAGCAAACUUUCGUAAUCCAGCAACUUUGCCCCAGCUACUUGGAGCAUAGUUGUAGUAUUCUUACCUAUAAUGAUAAUCAAAAGCAGUAAUUACAAAUGCUCAGUUACAGUCACCAAUAGCAAAAUUUAUCUAAAAAAUUUUGCCAACUAGCAGUCUGCAGUAAUUCCAGUUUCAGAGAAACAAAUCAAAUAUUACGUACUAAAUCGAAGUCUACAAGAAUACUAAAUCUAAAAGUUACAUCAUAAAUCUACAACAAAAUCCUAAAUGAAUGUCUGAAACCACUGUUUAUCAACGGAUUUUGACUGAGAAGACCUAACGUCAUCAAACCAUUUGCCUUUCAUUUUCCAGAGUGGUAGCUACUAUUGUUCUUUCUUGAGGGGGCGGGGCUUGUUUCCAUACAAUUGCGCCCCAAAAUAAUUCUACCCUUCCUACGGUACUUAAAAAAAUAUGCAGUUUCCAUACCAAAUUUCGUGCUAUCCUCUUUGGAACAUUUAGAGCAUAUUUUACAAUCGUUUUGAGCCAUGGCACAUUUUUACAUCAAGAAUAGUUCAGGGCACACCAGAAACAAAUACUGGUAAAAUAUGACAGCUUAAUAAUGACAACAUAGACUUUUUCUCAAUUACUUGUUCUCAAUGUGAGUUUGAUUACAAUUACAGUAAAUACAAUUAGCAAAGGCAAAUUAUUUGCUAAUGAUAAUUGAUAAAUUUUCGAUAUCAGUUUAGACCAAUUAAUUGAUUGAUAAUCUCCCAUGAUAUAACUACGACUUUUCAAGCAGAUCAUGUCCUGCGUCACGGUAUUUCAACAUCAACAUAUCCUUAGAUAUAUCUUUCGCGCAAUUUUUUAUGUUUAUGGUGGGCUAGGUCUCAGCAACAAAAUAUCUAGACACUUUUAGUUAGGAAUCGCAACGCUAGCAAUGAAACAUUAUGGAAACUGGGAGAAACUUGGACGAUUCUUUCAUUACCCUCCAAAGAUUUUCUAGAGAGAGAGGCCACAUUGAAAUGCAAAACUGACUGGGUCCCCAAAAAAAUGCAGAACUGAGAGGGGUGUGCUAAGAAAUGAAUAAUGCAAUAUAGGUACUUCUUGGUAGAAACUUAAAAGUUACCUCUCACUGGAUGCGGAACGGAUAAAACAGGCCGGCUAUCAUCUGCUAUCUCACUUUCACUGUGAAGAAAAUAUGGCUUGAAAUCGACAGUGUUGUUUCCAGCUGACUUUGCAACGUAGGACUUGAUGUCAACCCCAGCAGGAUACUUGAGAUGCCAUGUUCCUGGAAACGGAUUUUCUUGCUUGAAGAUGCAUGUGUACGUGGUAGUAAGAAUAGGAGGUAGAGGUCUGCCAACUGGAUCCACCAGCUUCACAAACUUAGCUUGGCCUGCCUGCUUCACUUCAAGAGAUAUCAGCAAUGUAGUUAUUUCUCCAUCUAGAGUAAUGAACACAUCUGAACCGUCUUUUCCUUCGUGGAUGACAACGCUGUCCUUCAAAGAGUCCUCCACAUAGUCCUUGAAUCGCUGUAUUUCACUGUCUGUUUUUAGCGGGAAUAUUUGACCUGAUGUGUGCGAGGCAACCUCGUCAAAACCAACUGGUAUUCCAGAUCCACAGCUGUUCUUCAUGAAAAAGUUUAUGGUCACUGAGAAAUAUUCCGCGUAUUUUUUGACCUCGUUUAUAUUUGCCGCU